CCUCCUAGCUCCUGUUCUCUAGACCUUGCAUCGUUUUUGUUGCUCUUCUCCGGACCCUCUCCAGUUCCUCCACAGCUGUCCAGAAAUGUGGGGCCCAGAACUAGACACAAGACUCCAACUGAGGGCUAAUCAGAGGCCCCACUAAAGUUCCUGGCGGUGUUCAGAGCAUUCAGAGUUUUCUCCCUCCUCCUUAUGACACCCUUUUAGAUACCUGAAAACCGCUCUCGUGUCCCCUCUCAGUCUUCUCUUUUCUCAACUAAACAAACCACUGGGUGCUCAGAACCGAAUCUCAUUGUGGUAGGUGCAGUGAUGUUGAAUUCGAGCCAGGUAUUGAGAGAGAUGAGUAUGGAUUUGGGAUCUAACUUGUGUGUGCUGUUCAUGGAAUAUCUAGACCCAAGCAUUCGCCCAAAACGGCCAAGUCUAGCCUGUGUGUCAACAGGGACAGCGUCUGGGGAGAACGGGGGCAUGGAAAGGAUUAAAACCAAUGGCCCUUCUCCCCCAACAGGCUGCAGGACACCCAUGUCUGUCUCCAGCUCAGCCCUGGGCCUGCAGAGCCAGGGACAGGAAAUGGCCGUGGCGGGGCCGGUGACCUUCGAGGAGGUGGCUGUGUAUUUCUCUGAGGAGGAAUGGGCUCUGCUGGACCCGGGCCAGAGAGCCCUCUAUUGGGACGUGAUGCAGGAGAAUUACGAGGCUGUGCGCUGGCUGGGAUUUCCAGUCUGCAAAGCUCUCGUGAUCUCCGGGGUGGAGCGAGAGGAGGAGCUGCGGAUCCCGGAUCUCCAGGGCUCUGAGGAAGGGGGGAUCGGCAGUGACACCCACACAGGUGAUGGGACGCUGCGUGAGAACAAUGAGGAGAGCCUUCAGCAGCAAGGACCGGAGCCCGUGGCUCCAAGGGCCAUGCUACAGGGAAGAUCUGAAGGGCAUGUUUCCCAGAGUCCCGAGCGGGGAGAGACCUGGGAGCAUCGGUGUGGCCCAGAACGGCUGCAGGGAAACCAUCCAGAGCAGAGACAGAGUAAAACCAAUCACAGGAGGAGAGGAGAGAAAAGAAACACAGAAACGGUUCAACAGAAAAUCCCCCAUCAACACUCACCCUGCGCUUAUAGCGAGUGUGAACACGAACGAACCCACCCUGGAGAGAAGCCCUUCAAAUGCUCUGACUGCGGGAAAUGCUUCAGUCGGCGCUCAGACCUUAGGAACCAUCAGAUAUCACACACAAGAGAGACACCCCAUAACUGCCCUGACUGUGGGGAAAGAUUCAGUUGGAGGUCGCACCUUGUUACCCACCGGAGAAUCCACACAGGGGAGAAACCCUUUGACUGCUCUGACUGUGGGAAAAGCUACAAUCGGCGCUCCAGUCUUAAUCUUCAUCAGAGAACUCACACUGGAGAGAAACCUUUCAACUGCUCCGACUGUGGGAACAGUUACAGUUGCAGCUCAGACCUUAUUACCCAUUGGAGACGGCACACGGGGGAGAAACCCUUCAGCUGCUCUGACUGUGGGAAAAACUUCAGUCAGCGCUCAAAUCUUAUUAGUCACCAGAGAACGCACACCGGCGAGAAACCCUACGUCUGUUCUGAUUGUGGGAAAAGCUUCAGUCAGAGCUCACACCUUGUUACCCACAGGAGAAGCCACACGGGAGAGAAACCCUACAUCUGCUCUGACUGCGGGAAAAGCUUCAGACAGAGUUCACACCUUGUUGCCCACAGGAGAAGCCACACGGGGGAGAAACCAUUCAGCUGCUCUGACUGCGGGAGGAGCUUCAAUCAGCAUUCAAUUCUCGUUAGACAUAAGAGAGCCCACACUGGGGAGAAACCCUUCAGCUGCUCUGACUGUGGGAAAAGCUUCUAUCAGCAUCCCCAUCUUGUUAGGCAUCAGAGAACUCACACAGGGGAGAAACUCUACUAUCUGAAGACACCCCAUAAGUGCUCCGAUUGUGGGAAAGGCUUCAAACACAGGUCAGCCCUUGUUACACACAGAAGAACACACACAGGAGAGAAACCUUUUAGCUGCUCUGAUUGCGGGAAAAGCUUCAGUCAAAAUUCACACCUUGUUACCCACAGGAGAACCCACACAGAAGCGAGACCCUUCAGCUGCUCUUACUGCGGGAAAAGCUUCAGAAGCAACUCAUACCUUAUUAUACAUUGCAGAACCCACACAGGGGAGAAACCUUUCAGUUGCUCUGCCUGUGGGAAAAGCUUCCGUCAGCGCUCAGGCCUGAACACACAUCAGAGAGCCCAUAGACAGAAACCCUACAGCUGCUCUGACUGUGGGAAAAGCUACCGUUGCAGCUCAGACCUUAUUACGCAUCAGAGAACCCACACAGGGGAGAAACCCUUUGACUGCUCUGACUGCGGGAAAACCUUCCAUCAUAGUUCAGCCCUUGUUACACACCGGCGAACCCACACAGGAGAGAGACCCUUCAGCUGCUCUGAGUGUGGGAGAAGCUUCAGUCGGGGCUCCAGCCUUAUUAACCACCAGAUAAUACAUAGAAGAGGCACACUCUAUAACUGCUCUGAUUGCGGGAAAGGCUUCAAGCGCAGGUCAGUCUUUUAUAGGCACAGGAGAACCCACACAGGGGAGAAGCCCUUCCGGUGCUCUGACUGCGGGAAAAGCUUUCAUCAUAGUUCAGCCCUUGUUACACACAGGAGAACCCACACAGGGGAGAAGCCCUUCCGGUGCUCUGACUGCGGGAAAAGCUUUCAUCAUAGUUCAGCCCUUGUUACACACAGGAGAACCCACACAGGGGAGAAGCCCUUCCGGUGCUCUGACUGCGGGAAAAGCUUUCAUCAUAGUUCAGCCCUUGUUACACACAGGAGAACCCACACAGGGGAGAAGCCCUUCCGGUGCUCUGACUGCGGGAAAAGCUUUCAUCAUAGUUCAGCCCUUGUUACACACAGGAGAACCCACACAGGGGAGAAGCCCUUCCGGUGCUCUGACUGCGGGAAAAGCUUUCAUCAUAGUUCAGCCCUUGUUACACACAGGAGAACCCACACAGGGGAGAAGCCCUUCCGGUGCUCUGACUGCGGGAAAAGCUUUCAUCAUAGUUCAGCCCUUGUUACACACAGGAGAACCCACACAGGGGAGAAGCCCUUCCGGUGCUCUGACUGCGGGAAAAGCUUUCAUCAUAGUUCAGCCCUUGUUACACACAGGAGAACCCACACAGGGGAGAAGCCCUUCCGGUGCUCUGACUGCGGGAAAAGCUUUCAUCAUAGUUCAGCCCUUGUUACACACAGGAGAACCCACACAGGGGAGAAACCCUUCACCUGCUCUGAGUGCGGGAAGAGCUUCAGACAGAGCUCAGAGCUUGUUGCCCAUAGGAGAAUCCACACAGGGGAGAGACCCUUCAGCUGCUCUGACUGUGGGAAAAGCUUCAGCCAGAGCACACACCUUCUUACCCACAGGCGAAGCCACACCGGAGAGAAACCCUUCGUCUGCUCAGACUGUGGGAAAAGCUUCAGUCAGCGUCCAAAUCUUGUUACCCACCGGAGAACCCACACAGGGGAGAAAACUUUCAGCUGCUCUGACUGUGGGAAAUGCUUCAGUCUGCGCUCCCAUCUUGUUACCCACAGGAGAACCCACACAGGGAAGAUACCCAAUUCCCUGAGUUCCGUUUAGGCUGCGUGUCCAUGUGGCUGUGCUACACCCAGAUAAAUGCCAGGAGAGCUCUUAAGGGCUGUUGCAAAGAGAGAUACCUCUAUCCAUUGUUCUGAACUCCAGCCAAGACAUGCCAUGGCCAGCAGAUAGUUUUCUAUCCCAUGGCCCCAACCCCAGAGCUGCCAUGGCAGGGAGAGGUGCCUUCCCCAUCUCCUCCUCACAGCUGCACCAGAGCUGGGGGGAGUCUUUUCUCAUGGAUGUAGUGUUUCAGGCUCUGUCUAUGCUACGUGUUUUGUCAGAAGAGGCAAUGCAAAUGAAGCACUGAUUAGCAUUUUCUUGUGCUUCAUUUCAAAAUCUAUUCCGAUCCAAUUUGCGCAAGAGGCUUUUGUGCAAAAACAUGCAGUGUGGACGUGUCCAUUUUGCGCAACCCUCCCCCCCCCUUUUUUUUCUGUGCACCAAUAAGGAGAUGUCACACAUUCCCCUCACAUUGGUGCACCUACGAAAACUCCCUCUGCCCAUGUGUGGGGGAAAAAACAGGUGGAAUGCCGGGUCUGACUGCUCUGAGCGUGAGAGGGGUUCCGUGAGAGGCUGAAGACAAAAUUGGAAUUGGUUAUCUAAUACAUGGACCGUUUUUUUCAGUGUCGGUCAGACGUUUUUAAAAACUACAUUUCACUAUUUGAGAUAUUUUAAUUUGAAACGUUAAUGCAUUGCAAUUUUAGAAGUCCUGACCAAAACAGGAAUCGUGAGGGGUGGAGAGGUGGUCAGGAGUUUGGACUUCUGCAGCCUUUGAUGAUUAUUCUAUUCCUAUGCUGGUCGGAGAGGACUUAGCCAAAUGUGAGACAGGUUAAGGAGGGGUGGGUAAGGUACAGAGCUACAGAGCUAUUUAGGCCUCCAUACCUAACUCCGUUCUUGAGCCUUUCACAGGGGCCCAGUCUGUAUCCCCAGAGACCCCAGGGAUGGAGCCUGAGCUGGAGAUGGCAGCACCAGACCCCAGGCCAGCAUCUACAACAGCAGCGGUAGAUCCACCGAUAGACCUGACCAGAAAAAAGCAGCCAAACGCAGUUAAGUGGAGUGGGACGUGUCAGGAAUCUUUUAAGCCGCAUAAGGCUGCUCUUACAUCUGAGCCAAUAUUAAGGGCCCCAGAUUGACAAAACUUUCUUUGUCACGACGGACGCGCCAGAGCGCUGCGUGGGGGCAGUUUUGAUGCAAACAGGACCAGAUCAACAAUUCCACCCUGUAGUGUUCCUCCACUGGUCUGUCUCUGAGACGGAAUGCUCCGCCAUUGUAUAUGCUUGAGAGCAGUGGUCACCAACCAAUAGAUCGGGAUCUACCAGUAGAUCUAGGAGCCUCUGACAGGUGAUCCUGACUGGUUUCACUGGGAGAUGCUUCAGCUGCCCCUCCUCCCACCAGAGCUAACCCUUGGGAGCCUCCCGCUUAUUGUGCAGGGUGGAGGAGACAGAGGCAGAGGAGACCCCUCUCCUGUACCCAUCAUCACAGAGUGAGGAGGGCGGGGCCUCGGCGAAGGGGUGGGGCAGUGGUAUUUGGGUUUGAGGUAGAUCCUGCCCGGACUUAAAUUUGAAAAGUGAUCUUGUGCUUAACAAGGUUGGAGACCGGUACUCUAGAGAAGUUACAACCAUAUAUUUGAGGACAACACUUUGAUCUGCAGACCAACCCUCUUGCUCUGACGUGGCUUCACAGGGUCAGAGAGACUAACAUGUAACUCCUUCGGUGGAGUUUGGCUGGUCAAAACCUUGACAUACAGCACAUCUCAGGGGCUCCUGACAAAGGGGCUGAUGCACGCUCUGGGAAAGUUUCCCAGACUAAGCCUGUUAAAACUCUCCCUAUACCGAAGCCAUUGUAUUCCGUGCAUGCAGGGGAUCUUCUUUUGUUUUUGUGUAUUCAGUAGUGAAUUUAGUGUGUGCAGGUAGGUUAUUAUGUUUUCUCCUUAAACCUCCAGGAAGAAAUCACAGCCAUUGUGGACCAGUCUGUCGAGCACGGUCUGUGAUUUGGGAGGUGUGUGGUGAAUAGGAAGAAUACUGGCCUUUUUUGAACAUGCAGCCUUCAGUAACUAAAGGGUUAAACCCAGGUAGCUAGACGGUAAUGGCAGGAAGCCAGGAGAACUAAUAAGAAGAAACGAUUGAAAUUUGAAUGGGAAGGGAUACCUGCCUGCUGAUUUUCUUUGUGUGAGUUUUAAGCCAGGAACAGGGCGAACAAGAUGAAUGGAACCAGGCAGAACUGCCGUACCUGCAAAGCAUACGGGGCAUGGAAAGCAUGAGUAGGAAAUGUCUGGUUAGACAUGAUCAGGCUGUUUUCUGUGUUUUGUUGUUUGGUUAAACUUUUCUGUGCUAAAGUCCAUGUUCCCGUCUCUCUACUCUGUAACCUUAAGCUGAAUCCCAGUGAUGAAUUUCUUUGGGGUUUUUUACUUGUUCCUUUCUCCGUUGCGUUAAAACACCUAGCAACCAAGUAUGUGUUAUCCGGUAUAUCUUUGUUUUGUUAAUAAAAUCGUUUUUCUGUAA